AUGAAGACUCUCGAAGACCUCCUGGAUGCAGCCGAUGCCCUGGCUGCUAGCAGUCAGGAAACUCCUGCCAGACCGGAUUUUGCCAUUCCCGACGAAUUUUUAUUGGCAAAGCAACAACUUUUGGAACAGAAAGAAACCAGUGAUGGCAAAGGCACUGGGUGGUUUGCCCGUCAAGACAUUCCUGCUGGAAGCCUGUUGAUGGCAGCCAAGCCAUUGGCCAUGGUCAUGUUGUGGCAGGAAGAGGAAGAAGAAGAAGAAAAUGAACCAGAUGAAAUGGAAGAAGAAGACGAGGAGGAUGACACUAGUAUGAUGAGAACGGAAAAAUCAACACUCAAUUCCAUGCUGGUGGUGGAAUUACUCCAAGCGAUCCAGAAAAAUCCAGACAUAUGGAACAAUUCACUGAGUACCCUCUACCCACGCAACGAGGCGGACAUGGCCAAUUUGCCCAUACGAGAAUGUGCCAACCCAAAACUUAAAUUGCAACAGGAAACACUCCUCCAGCAACUUGCAACAGCACAACCACAACUAGCAGCAACAUCGGAUACUAUUGGAAAACGACUCCCCUUGAUUGUACGAUACAAUGUGUUGAGUAUCGAGACGUGCCCCGAGCUCUUAUCGCAUCCCGGGCCGGGCGGCCAUGCCAAUUUGGGAGGCGCGGGAUUGUACCAUUGGCCGUCCUUUUUCAACCACAAUUCCGAGCGCCCCACGGUUGCUCGAUGGGCCAUUGGAGAUGUCAUGUGCUUUGUGGCCAUUCGAGACAUGGAGGCGGGCACGGAAGCCUGUAUUAGUUAUUUGGAACAUGACGUACUCUGUGAAAGCGCGUAUCGAAGGAAUCUAUUGCUGCAAAUGGAUUUUCAGGAGGAUACAGCCAAAGCCAACAACACUGAUGAUGCCCAGGAGAAUGACGAGGAAAAUGGCCCCGAUGCACCCGUUGUUGACUCGGAACUGCAAAAUGAGCUCAUGGAAACGAAUGCCUUUGAACGACUCGAUACGAUUGAGCAGCUGCUGUUGCAGGCAAAGGGGAUGCCACCGCCGGAUGAUGAUGAAAACGACGACGACGACAAUAAUAAUAAUAAUGAUAAAGCCAUGGUGGUGUCAGAAGACGAAGAAGAAGAAUCAGGUGGUGGCUGUUGGUUCCAAUGCGACAUUCAAAAUCUCAACAUUCUAAAAGCCAUUACACUGGAUGGACUGGGUCAAACCACCAAAGCAUUACAAGUGUGGGAAGAGUGUGUCGAAUUUGCCGAGUCCAAGUUACCACCCCUCGAUGAAAGCUCGGUGGUGGUGCGCGUACAAGCGGCACUUUGUGCGCUUCAUCUCGGGGACACGAAAACGGCGCAACAACACGCCAACAAGGCUUUAGAAACACAUGACAAGCUAUUUUUGGGGGGUGGUGCGGCCCGACUGCGGCGACGGUUUCGCAAAGACUUGGAGUUGUGUCUGCGAAAACCCAAUGGGAAGCAGCAGCAGCAACAAUCACCAAAACAAGUUGCGGAUAUCCUCUGGCCAAUCGCACCAGGUAGAUAG